AUGACUAUGGAACAGAAUACAAUGGAACGCAAUACGUAUCAUAAUUACCAGCAGAUCCUCGAUUUUCAAAAACCUGAGUCUCAGUUAAAACAGAGGAAAGCACGUAAGAAAUUCAAGAAAUCUUUAGAUGGGUGCAUGUGUUGCAAAAAAAGAAGAAAGAAGUGUGAUGAAUCCAAACCUAUUUGCAAGGCAUGCGACAGAAAUGGGCUAGAUUGUGAAUGGCCCAAGCAUGUCAAGGUGAAGUUGGUGAAAGAAGAGGAUGGUGUUGAUGAUGGAAAGAAUGGUGAAAAUGAAUUUGUAUUAUUGGCUCAACUCUUGAAUAUUCAACUGGAGAAUGAAAACGUUAAAUCGCCUCCAUCUACCGUUGAGAGUUUUGAUUUUGAUCUUCCAGACUCUCUACUUCAUGAAGUGGAUCAAGCUGCAGAGUCUAACAAAAUUCUAAUACGUGAUCAGAAUUAUACAAUCCCCGGCAUUGAACUAUCUCAUGAAGACCAAUUGUGUUAUAACCAAUUUAUAAAGAAAUUCAUUCCUUCAGUCACAGCAUUACACUGUGAGGAUGAUAGUCCAGCUUCUCCUUACAAUAUACUGACCCCAUUUGCUGCCACGCAUCCUUUAGUUCGUGAGAUAUUCUUAGCUUGUGGUGCUACUUUAUUAUGCUUCAACAGUGAUGAAUUCCAUCAAUUAGCUCAUGAUAAAUAUGUCCAUAGUGUGAAUCUCUUGGUGCAAGAUCUACAAAAUUCACCAAACGCUUGUGAGGAUCAUCUUUUCGUUAGUGUUCAAAUCUUACAAACGUUAUGCCUUCGUGAUAAAAACAUUGGGUUGAACGCAACCAAAAGUGCAUCUCAUUUAAGUGCAGCUUAUGAGAUUUUGAAAAAAAGAAGAAUUGAAACACCAGGUCCAAGUAUUCUUGAUAGGUUAUUAAUUGAGCAUUUUGUUUUCAACUAUCCAAUUACUAUUAUGUUAUGUCAUCAUAAUAAAUUAGCAUCAAAUUCGGUUCCUUCUCCUUUCCAAUUCUUUGAAGAGUUUGACAAGAUUUUAACCGUUCCAAUGAUUAACAAUAAUUCUAAUGAUCCUUGGACAAAUCAUCCACUAUUGGGUAUGACUUUGAAAGCAAUAGAAUUAAGUGCUAAAUGUACUUGGAUUUGUCGUUUGUUGCAACAUCCGAUUCCUGAACAAGAUUUAUUGUUAUCAUCAGAUUUGAAAUUCCAAUGUUAUGAAGAAUUGAAAGUUUUGAAUGAAGUGAAAAAUCAAGAUAGAAGAAAAUUGGUAAAUAUAAGCUUUGCUAAAAGUAUUUUAUACGGUUGUUUAAUAAUCACCAAAAAGAUAUGUGAUUGGGAUAUCAAAUUAGAGGAGUUACAAGAUGAAGUUAACAAGAUGAUUGAAGAAUACAAAUUUUGUUAUUCAUUAUAUGAACCACAUGAAGUUUUGAUAUCAAUUUGGUGUUUAUUCGUUUCAGGUUCGGCUUCAAUGACAAUGGAACAAAGAGAGUAUUUAACUUAUGGGUUUCUCAACAUUGCAUCAAAAAUUAAUUCAAGUUUAACUUUAAAGAUUUUGAAAUAUUUGAAAAUCAUAUGGGAUGAGGAUUCCUCGGAUAAAUCACAUGUUGGGUUUGAGUUCUUAUUUGACACAACAGUGCUGGACAUUGUGUGUAGUUGA